UUUUCAUUACUCUGGUUCUUCUCCCCCAACUCCAAAAACCCUAAACUCUAAACCAUGGAUCCGAAGCUCUUUGCCAAAACCCUAAUCCGAAAUGCGAUAGCGAGCAGGUCCUACUACACGAGCAGGACCAAGAAGCCGACCCUAUACAACAAAAUCAGUCCGCUCGGAAACCCUAGCCUGAACGUGGUUCCGGAGCUCGACGACUGGGUCUUCAAUGGCAACAAGGUCCGAGUCGCGGAGCUUCAGCGCAUCAUUCACGACCUCCGCAAGCGGAAACGCUUCUCACAAGCCCUCCAGAUUUCGGAGUGGAUGAAACAGAAGGGGAUUUGCAUAUUUUCGCCGGUUGAGCAUGCCGUGCAGCUGGAUUUGAUUGGGAAGGUGCGCGGGUUUGUUUCCGUGGAAGAAUAUUUCGAUGAUUUGAGGGAGGAAGAUAAGAACUUCAAGACGUAUGGUGCUCUUCUGAAUUGCUAUGUCCGGCAGCGCCAAGUGGAUAAGUCCCUCGCUCAUUUGCAAAAAAUGAAGGAGAUGGGAUUUGUUUCUUCGCCUCUAACUUACAACGACAUCAUGUGUUUGUAUACGAAUGUUGGCCAGCAUGAGAAGGUCCCGGGCGUUCUAGCUGAGAUGAAGGAGAACAAUGUCCCUCCCGACAACUUCAGCUAUAGAAUCUGCAUCAAUUCGUAUGGUGUGAGGUCUGAUCUUGAAGGAAUGGAGAAGGUUUUUAAAGAGAUGGAAAGCCAGCCUCACUUCGUCGUGGACUGGAACACAUAUGCUGUCGUUGCCAAUUUCUAUAUAAAAGAAGGCCAAACCGACAAGGCAAUGGAUGCUUUAAAGAAGUCGGAAGAGAGGCUGGAAAGCAAAGACGGACUUGGCUACAAUCAUCUGAUUUCGCUCUAUGCGAGUAUGGGGAAUAAGGGUGAAGUUUUGAGAUUAUGGGGUGUUGAGAAGAGUGCUUGUAAGAGAUGCAUAAACAGGGAUUAUAUGGGCAUGUUGGUAUCUCUGGUGAGGCUCGGUGAGCUCGAUGAAGCUGAGAAGGUGAUGGAGGAGUGGGAAUUGUCCGGAAACUGUUACGAUUUUCGGGUGCCACAAACUCUCAUUAUAGGCUACACGGUAAAGGGAUUAUAUGAGAGAGCAGAAGCUCUGCUUGAAGACUUGAUGGAGAAGGGAAAAACAACCACCGCGAGAAGUUGGGAAAUAGUGGCUGCUGGGUAUGCAAAUAGGGGUGAGACGGAGAAGGUUUUCGAGUGCAUGAAGGCGGCUCUCUGUCUGUCUUCCGAGAAACGGUGGAAACCUAACCUUGGAGUUGUGACAACCGUAUUGAGUUGGCUUGGUGAUGAAGGCAGUGCCGAAGAUACGGAAGCUUUUGUUGGGGCGUUGAGGAAUGUCAUCCUGGUGAACAAGCACAUGUAUCGUGCGUUGUUAAAGGCAUAUGUAAGAGAGGGUAAAGAAGUAAGUAGUGUUACGGAUCGUAUGGAAGCUGAUGAAAUUGAUGUUGAUGACGAAGAAGCAGAGGACAUCUUUGCCACUAAAGAAAACAAAGAACACAUAUCCGCAGAUUAGAACAUCUGCGGAAGCUUAGGGCGUGGCGAAAGGUCUGCAAAAACAGAUUUUAAGACGGUUUUUGUGGAGUUUCGCGAUUAAAAACCGUAACAAUUUAUGUGAAAAAUGCGAUUGUUGAGAUUUCGUAAGAUUUUGCUGAGUCCUGUGAGAAAAAUGUUAUAUUCCAUAAAAGCAUUUUUACCA